AAUCGCCUUGAGAGCCCCCUAUUUUAGGCAGACAGAAGGAUGCACUCGCUGGUCCAGCCCCACGCUUGGGUCGUCCUCAAGCUGCCCUCGGGGAACCUCCGAGUGCUCCAGGUGACCCCGAACACAACCAUCUCCCUGGGCAAGUACGGAUCGUUUCCCAGUAAUCUCAUCAUCCAUCGACCCUACCACCUUACCUACGAACUGGAAGACAGGAAGCCCGGCGAGAGCUUCAACCGCCUCCGUAUCGUACCCGCUUCGGAGUUGUACAGCGAUAUCCUCUCGUCGGAUACCUCCUCGACUUCUGCUGAGGGUGUGGAAACCCCAGCAACCAAUGAUGGCGAAGAUGCCGACAAUGUGCCCUCUACUGGCAUCGAAUACUCUCUGGUCGAUCCCGAAUCCGGUGCCGUGGUGGCCAGGACGAACCGCGCGGAGCUCGACGCCUCGGCGCGCCAGGCCCUAAGCAUGGAGGAAAUCGAGGCCCUCAAGAAAGAUGGCACGGAUGCCGGCAAGGACCUUAUAGCGAAGCUGAUGCUAUCGCACACCGCCAUCAACCAGAAGACCCAGUAUUCCUUAGCCAAGUACAAGCUGCUCAAGACCAAGAAGUACAUUCGACGCGUCUGCGUGCUGCCUCUAGACGUACCCAUGCUGAAUCACUGGCAGGUGGAAGAGAAGGACGCGAACAAGGUCAUGGAUAUGCGUGAGGAGAUGACUGCGCUGCUAGGAUGCUGGGCGAAUGUUCACUUUGGUGGAGAGGACCGACCCGAGAGCGAAGGCGCCCCAGACCCUGAAGGCCAUGAACAAAAGGAAGUUGAGCCUGCCCCCGGCCGCUGGCUGAUUGUGGAUGACACAGGCGGUCUUUUGGUAGCAGCCAUGGCUGAGCGGAUGGGUAUACUCUAUCCCCCCGAGAAACCCCUACCAGAAGACCCGAAAGAGCCCGCACCAAUGCCUGCGCAUCGCAAAGACAGCGCAGCCCCAGCGGAGGCUACGACAGCCACCGGCAACCCUUUGUCAGUCGCCGGCGACGCUGCUGGCGACAUCGACAUGGACGCGCCCGCAGCCGAGGCCCAGGAAGACGCGGCCAAACCGAAGCCGGCCCUGCCCGGCAAGAAGCCGCGGCCGAGCGACCUCCAGGUGCCGUACGCGCGCACCAACACGAUCACGGUCGUGCACGCGAACUCGCAGCCGAACCUCAGCUUCCUGCGGCACUUCGACUUCGACGUUACGAACGCGUCGCAGACGCCGGAGCACCCGCUGGCCUCGCACCUGAUGACGCUGUCGUGGCUGCAGCUGGUCGACCCGGCGGCCGACAGCACGUACGCGGCCGACCCGCCGACGGCCACGCCCGAGCUGCUGCGCGCCUGGAAGCCGAACCGCCGCGGCACCUACCACCGCAAGCGGCGGCGGUGGGCGCGCGUGCGGCACGUCGCCGACGCCGCGCGCGCCGGCGGCUUCGCCGGGCUCGUCGUCGCCACCGCCAUGGACCCCGUCUCCGUGCUGCGGCACACGGUCCCGCUGCUGGCCGGCGGCGCCCCCAUCGCCGUCUACUCGCCGUCGGUCGAGCCGCUGGCCGCGCUCGCCGACUGCUACAGCACGGCGCGGCGCGCGGCGUGGGCCGCGGGGGCCGCGGCCGCCCGGAAGGACGCGGAAGACGACGAAGACGACGACGACGGCGACGGCGAUGACGAGGCCUGGCCCGGCUCCGACGCGUUCCCGCUCAACCCGGCGCUCGUCCUCGGCGCGUCCGUCCAGACGAGCCGCGCCCGCCGCUGGCAGGUCCUGCCCGGCCGCACGCACCCGCUGAUGACGAGCCGCGGCGGCGCCGAGGGCUACGUGUUCACCGGGUGGCGGGUGCGGCCGGCCGAGGGCAAGGUCGAGGCCCGGGGCAACGGGCGCGCGAGGAAGAAGAAGAAGGCGGCGGCGGCGGAGGCGAAGGCCGAGGAGGCGGGGUGAGGCCGAGGACGGGAGGGGACGGGUAUAAGUAUAAGCACGAGCACGAGCAUAAGCAUACACUUUAGGACAAGCACGAAAGCGAUGACAGAGGGCACCGUACUCGUGAGAGUACGAGUACGAGGAUAUGGCCCGGGCACGUAAAGUCGAAGAAAAUAGCCUCCCAGGCCAGGCUUGAAUCUUGGGUCUAGGCGGGCCGUGGAUAGACGCCUGUAUUAUAUACCCCCCCCCUACCCCCCUAGUCUUGAAAUACGUUCCAUUCUCCUACCACGCC